GGCAGCCAGCAUCGCACUGCAGUUUGGAAUAGCAAUGAGGUUCUUAAUUAUCUUGACGGCUCUGGUAGCCUUAGGGGCCUGCGGCAGCGUCAACCAACAACAAGCUGCUAACCAGGAUCUCCUUAACAAACAGCAAGAUGUCAUCCAACUUCUGCAGCAGAUCUCACAGCCAAUCCCGAACCAGAAACUUCAGAAUCUUGGCGAAACGUAUGACAUUGAGAGCAACGCGCAUCAGUACAACAACCCGAUCAUAGUUAAGUACUACGUGGGUGCUAUGAAAGCUGGUUUGGUUCAACCACAGGGUACAGUCUCCAGCCAUGUAGUUAGCCAGCUUCGCAAAGAAGUUUCACUGCUCUACAGGAUUUUGUCGGGUGCUAAGGACUAUCUGACUUUCCUCAAGGCUGCUGCGUGGGCUCGUCUUCACGUUAACGAAGAACAAUUUGUCAAGGCUUUCAGCGCUGCGGUAUUGACUCGCACAGAUACCAGGGGAGUCAUCCUUCCACCAAUUUAUGAAGUCUUGCCUAACUACCAUCUGGACGCUAGAGUCAUCCAAGAAGCCCAAAAUAUUGCCAUUCAAGCACUACAGGGAAGAAACGUUGUCAUUCCCGUUAACCACUCCGCACUCCUAUCUCAAGAAGAACAACAAGUUUCUUACUUUACUCAGGACGUUGGUCUUGCUGCAUACUAUAGCUGCAUUAGCCUCGUUGGAGACAUCUUGUCAGAACAGGCUCAGCAACAACAACAGCCUCUAACUCAGCAGCAGUAUCAGCAACAGAUUGUAGGAAAAUAUUUGCAACAAGGAGUACAAAACGGCCAACAAAGCCCGAUUGGUCACGGAGCCCAAUAUCUGUUCCUUCACCAACAACUUCUGGCUCUGUACGAGCUUAACCGUCUUUCGAACGGACUUGCCCCAGCCUCUGAAAUUAACUUUGAAAAUGUAAAUGCUUUUUACCAGCCACACCUUCGCGGUCUCAAUGGGCUUCAAUUGCCUGGCCGUCCAGAGAACCUUCAACUCCAACCUCAGAAGAACAAGCUCAUCCAACAUGUUCAGUCUCUGGUACAAAGACUGAAAGAUGCUAUUGACUCUGGCAACGUGAUCACUCCACAAGGCAAUUUCCUUUCUCUGUUCCAACCACAAGGUGCGAAUAUUCUUGGUGACUUGAUUCAAGGAUCUGGCAGAAGCAUCAACCCAAGGUACUACGGAAGCCUCCAAGUUGCUGCUCGCAAACUCCUUGGAAAUACGCCCGAAGUUCAGAACAUUUGGGAUUACACACCAUCGGCUCUUGAAAUUGGGCAAACCAGUGUCUACGACCCAGCUUUCUACCAAUUGUUCAAGAAAGUCAUGAAUCUUUACCAACAGUACCAGCAGUCUUUGCCUGCCUACCAACAGAGCGAUCUUAUCCUUCCUGGUGUUACCAUUCAGAACGUUGAUGUUAGCCAAUUGGUCACUCUCUUCAACGACUACCACAUCGAGCUUGAUUCCAUUGUUGGUCAAGCUAACCAACAACAACAACAGCAGCAGCAGCAACAGCAACAGCAACAACAGCAGCAACAGCAGCAACCGCAGCAACAGCAGCAGCAGCAGCAACAACAACAACAACAACAGGGACAAAUUAGGGCUUUCCUCAAGAGAUUGGAUCAUCAACCGUACCAAUACAAAAUCGUUGUUCAGAGCGAACAAAAUGUACCAAGAGCAGUUGUCCGUGUUUUCAUUGGACCUAAACACGACCACCAAGGCAGACCCAUUAGUAUCUCUCAGAGCCAACAUCUCUUUGUUCAACUUGAUCAGUUCAUCCAGAACCUCCACGCUGGUCAAAACAUUAUUAUUAGGAACUCCCAGCAAGCUCCUGGACAGAGCUUUGAUUGGCCAUCCACUUCUCAAAUUGUACAAGGCGUCAAUGCUGCUAUCCGAUCUCAGCAACCAUUCUACAUCACUCAGCCACACCAUAUCUACAGCUUGCCUGCUAGAUUGUCUCUUCCCAGAGGUCAGCCACAAGGUCUUCCACUUCAGCUCCUCGUUGUGAUCUCUUCUUCGAACCCACUUAACGUGCCGUACGGGCCAGUAGUCCCCGAACAACAAUUGGCCUAUCAAGCCGAUCAAUUCCAAAUUGUAAACGCCGAACAAUACCAACAAUUGAAACAACUUUCGCAAUUGGGCGGCGGACUACAACAAAACGUUGAGGUGCUUCCUGAAGGUUUAGCCAACACUCAACAACAAAUUCAAGCCAUCAGGAACCACAAUGCUCAUGUCUACCAGGGACACGUGCAAAUCCAAAACCCUGUUGGCCAAGGACAAAACAUCCAAGGAGUUGGUGUUGUUAAUCCUGGAGAUUCUUCUAAUGCCCAGUCCUGGGGAUCAGGAUUCUCGGUUCAGAACCAACAACAAAUGCAACAACAAGCUCAACAGCUCCAACAACAAAUACAGGCGGCAGCAGCAGUUCAUCAAGGACAACAGAGCCAGAGUGGUCAAAUGAUCUGGAACGCACAACAGCAACAAUCGCAUGGACAAGAUGUUAACUGGUCUCCAUCCAACAGUGCUCAAUCUGUUAGCCAAUCUUCUCAACAAGGUUUGUCUGGUCUGAGUAGUGCACAAGGUGUGCAACAACCUCUGCAACAGGUACAAGGUGUCGCUGGGCUCCAAGGUGUCCAAGGUGUCUCUGGCAUCCAAGGUGUACAAGGUGUCCAAGGUGUUCAGCAAGGUCUUCAAGGAGUCCAGGGUGUACAACAAGGAGGAAUCCAAGGAUCAGCACAAGGUGUUCAGCAAGUAGGAGUAUCGCAAUCACAACAAGGUGUACAACAAGCAGUUCCAUACGUCAUGCAAGAAGUCCAAGGUAUCAGAGGAGGUCAAUCUUGGUCAAACGCUCAAAUCCAAGGUGCAAUGUCCGGCCAGCAACACACUGGUGGCUUCCAAGGAGUUCAUGCACAGCCGUACAAUGUUCAGGACCCAUCUGUCAUCGAGUACUACCAGAACAAACCAAUCUCUGAAAUCAUCGGUGGUGCCAUCUCCCUUGACGGCAAACCUCUCGGCUUCCCUCUGGAAAGACCAUUGUCUCCUAGCGCUCUCAGCGUUCCAAACAUUUUCGUGAGAGACGUUCUCGUCUUCCACCAUGGUCAAUCGAGCAACGACAUCACCCAACCAUAAAUGUUCCUAAGGCGAAGCGCGCCGUGUUAAAAGUCGUAUGAGAAUGAUUUAUACGACUAAUCAAGGAUGUCGUUAAUGUUAAUAAUUAAAGAAAAAAAAAAAUUUUAUUAAUGUAUCACUUAUAAUGAAUAAAUUGCUGUCAAGAGCAAAUGUUUAUUAUAAAAAUCUGGGCUUCUUCGUCUUUUCACUUUAUUCGUCUUUUCGGUAUACACAAUUGUUUAUUAAGUCAGAUGAAUAAUAAUCAAUACGACAAAACGUUUAUGUCAUCGUUUUAUUAAACAAAUCUUAAGAUACUCUAGUAACAACAAAAAAGAUAUUAAAA